AAAGAGCGCCGCAACGGUCACAUUUUGUUUUCCCCCAAAUCUAUCUUUCUUCUUCUUCUUCGACUCCUUCUUAUUCAUUUUUACAAUACUACUACUCCAUAGCAAAGAUAAAAAACCCUAAUUCGUGUUUUGCAGAUCUAGAUUUCGUAUUUCUCAUUUGAUUUGCAGAUUCUGUUUCGAUGGAGUCGUCGUUGACAUUGAAGAAUGGGAAACCAGGGACUCCGGUGAAGGAUCGGAGCAAGUUUCUUCAAUCCAAGGUUCAAGAUACUUCCAGAUCUUUGGAGAAUUCAAACCCUAACAUUUCGAGUCCGGCUAAAUCGAAAUCUGCUAAGAAACCAUCGGCGCAGAAGAAUCAGAGCCCGAAGAACCCUAAGAACCACCCUACCCAGGCGGCGGUUUUCUCUCCCCGGAAUCGGAUCAGAGAGAGGAAGUUUGUUGUGGUGUCGAAGAAGAAUUCGAAGAAAGGGAAGAAGGAUCAAGCGGUUGCAGAGAUCGAUUGUAAAUGCGGAGAGAGGAAGAAGGGGAACAUGAAGUGUGUUUGUGUAGCGUAUGAGACGCUUCGUGCUUCUCAAGAGGAGUUUUUCAAAAAACGAAUUGAAUCGGAGGAGGGAAAGGGAGAUUUGGAGGAAUGUUGUAAUCUUGGAGAUGGAGAUGAAUCAGGGGAGCCGGAGAAAAUUGGGGUUUCUACAAUGAAGAGGUCAAGGGCUAAGGUGGUGGAAGAAGCACGGCAGAGUGUGCCUGUUUCUGGUAAAGUGAUGAAUCUUGUUGAAGCGUUUGAGAAACUCACUUGCUUUAGUAAUUCAAAGACAGCUAACAAGAAUGAAGAGAAGGAAACAGAAGAGGAUAUGAAGAAGCCGGUGAAACCUAAGUUCUUGGAGGGUGAGAAAGAGCAAAACCCGUGGAGUUCUUCGUUUUGUCCAUCUGAAUUGGUAUUAACUGCUAAGAAUCUCGGGUUAGACCCCAAUGCCUCUGUUUCUUCGUCUUGGGACAGCACACGCGGCAGUGGUUUGAGUGGGAGUUCAAAUGCUGGCCGGAGAAGCAGAAGAAAUAGCCUGGACUCAUCUACUACAAUGGGAAGUAGAAGAUCAAAGAAGAAGCAGGUUAAGGUCACUUCGUUGAAGCCGUUUAAGCUUAGAACUGAGCAAAGAGGUAAAAUGAAAGAGGAGGAGUUUGCAAAAAAGCUUCAUGAAAUAACCAUGGAGGAAGAAAAGAUGAGAAUCCCCAUUGCUCAAGGCCUUCCAUGGACAACCGAUGAACCUGAGUGUCUAGUUAAGCCUCAUUGGAAAGAUAUCACAAGACCAGUCGACUUGAUGCUCCACUCAGAUGUCCGGGCAGUAGAACGAGCAGAAUUUGAUUACCAGGUUGCCGAGAAGAUGAGCGUCAUUGAGCAAUAUAAAAUGGAAAGAGAAAGACAACAAAAGCUGGCGGAGGAAGAAGAGAUAAGAAGGCUGAGGAAAGAAUUGGUCCCAAAAGCACAACCAAUGCCAUACUUUGAUCGACCAUUCAUUCCAAGAAGGUCGAGCAAACAUCCAACUGCACCACGAGAUCCCAAGUUUCACAUACCACAACACAAGAAGAUCAGAUGUUGCAGUUCAUCUUCUUGGAGUGAAACUGGCUCCUGCAUGAGCGAUUUCCAAUAUCUGUUUCUCUAAAAAGACCUCUUUUGGAUUCAAUAAAUAUAUUAUCCCUGUCCAUAUUGUCAUUUUAAAAACUACAUUACCUUCUGUAAGAGAUCCAAUCAAGCAACCAAUUAGUUGCAGUUUCACAUAUUUGACUAUCAUUCUUGUUCCACCUUUGUAAUAAUCUUGUCUACACCUAAAAAAUGAGAAAGUUUUCAA